GAAAUCGUGAGUGGAGGUUGCGGAGCUUUUGAAUGGCAGUGCUAUUGCACUAACAAAUGUAAUUAUUAAGUUUAACAUAAAACUAACAUGUCAGACCCAGGUCAUAGCAUCAAUGUGAUUUUUGGGGGUCAAAAGUAUUUGGUCCCUUUACCAUUGAAUAGCGAUGCAACAUUACUGGACUUAAUGAAGUCAAUAGACUCUAUUUUACACAUUCCAUUUGAUAAACAAAGAAUAAUAUACAAAGGAAGAUCUCUUACUGAUCCUGAUGCAUUAAUUUCUUCAUCCGGUCUCACUCCUGGGUCUAGAGUUAUGAUUCUUGGUUCAGUUGAUAAACUUAAUCCAGAUGAGGCCGUAAAACUUGUCAAGGCAAAGGACACGUCUGAUGCAGUCGAUUUACAACUAAAAGACCUCUCAAACAAGCUAGAAACUAUUGAAAUUUUGAAACUCUAUUGCCGCGACAUCGACACCAAAUUAUCUCAAAGUAAUUCUGAUAGUUUAGAGGUAACUGCACACGUAAAGUCUACAAUUGACAUUAUGGAGCAGUGCAUGCGUACUCUUGAGCUUCUGGACUCUGUUCGGUUGCCAUACAAUUGCGAAAGUGAACGCGCUUGUCGUAAGAGGCUAGUAGACACAAUACAAGAGUUUCUUGUACAGGCGGACAAGUUGAGAGCUGAAUUUUUAAAGCUUAUCAAAACAUAACACUGAUAUCUUCUGUGUUAAUACUUCUGUAACAUAGUGUUUACUACAGUACUACUUUUGUCAGUAACUUAAAAAAUAACAUUACAGUUUGUUAUACUUGUA